AUGGCUGAUUGUGUUCAAAUUAUGAAAGAAAAUUCUCAAGCUUUUCUUUACAAUUUAAAAACAACAGAUUUUACUUUAAAACAUGGGAUCAAAGGAUUUCUACUAGAAAAUGGUGGCUCUAUAUUGUGUCUAGAAACUGCAGAUGUUGAUGUAACUAGAGUUUUAUUAGCCCAAGUUUUAAUAAACUUCAAAACAGAUUUCAUUUUAAAAGAAAAGUUAAAUGAAAUUAUUUUCACUAAUUUCAGUAGUUUUGUUAAAAUGACAGCAGAACAAAAUGAAGAUUUUUUGAAAAAUUUUCCUGAAUUGUUAGUUUGCAUUUUGGAUAAUGAAGAACAAUUAUUAUUAGAUCAACAAUCUCACAUUUUAGAAUCUUGGAUAAACAUUAUCAAAGUGAAUAACAAGAAAAUCAUGUUUAUUAUGAAAAAUUCAAAACAUCUGGAAAAAACUAUGAUGGACAAUGAAAUGACGAAUAUUUUUACAUUGAAAUUAAAUGAAUUGUGGAAACAAAAUGACAUAUUAUCGACGAAUAAUGAAGUUAUUUGUGAAGUUGGAAAAAAUUUACUGAACAUUGAAUCGACUUUGACAAGAGCCUUAGAUGAGUGCACGGAUAUUGAUUUAAAGGAAGAAGAAUCAACUGGAAACACGUCAUUAUAUGGUGAAGCAACAACUAAAGAAGCAGAUUUAGAAAAAUUAUUACAAUUACUUGGUGUGAAAGAUUUGGAUGCUGUAGAUAGAUAUGGCGAUACUCAAUUGCAUUUGGCAGCUCGAAAUGGAAAAAGAGAAAUUGUUGAAUCUCUUUUACUUCACGGAGCAAAAAAAGAUGUAAAAAAUAUUACUGGCGAAACAGCUCUUCAUUAUGCAGCUCAAAAGGGUGACUGUGCAAUUGUUCAUCUGUUGCUUGAAAAUGGAUUUAAUGAAACAACACUUUUUCAAAUUAAACUGCAAUACGACGUAGAAAAUCAUCGAACUAUUUGA